UGAACUUGACAACUAAUCGCUGCUACAAGGACAGGGGAGAAAUGGCUAAUACCAUAGCUGAUACAAGAAGGCUGUUCACCAAGCCCCAAAACCUAAAUGACGCGUAUGGGCCGCCGAGUAAUUUCCUAGAGAUUGAUGUCAGCAACCCUGAAACAGUCGGGGUUGGCAGGGGCAGAUACACCACCUAUGAAGUCAGACUGAAGACAAACCUUCCCAUCUUCAAACUGAAGGAGUCGUGUGUACGGAGGCGAUACAGUGACUUUGAGUGGCUCAGAGCAGAGCUGGAGAGGGAGAGCAAGGUGGUUGUUCCACCUCUCCCAGGAAAAGCUUUUUUCCGGCAGCUUCCUUUCCGAGGGGAUGACGGGAUAUUUGAUGAAAAUUUCAUUGAAGAGAGGAGACAAGGUCUGGAGCAAUUUCUCAACAAAGUGGCUGGUCACCCUUUGGCCCAGAACGAGCGAUGCCUGCACAUGUUUCUACAGGAGGAGUCUGUGGACAAGAACUACACCCCAUCCAAAGUCAGACAAGCCUGAUAGAAGAAAUUGGCUCUGCUUGGCCUGGCCUGGCCCGGCCCUGCUCAGCCCAGUUGGGCCCACAUCCCAAAGCUCUCUUCACUGCUCCAGGUUUCUCUCAGACAAUAAACGUUUCAAUGACAACCCCCACCCCCCCAUGCCCCAAAAUAAUAUCAUUCACUGCCUCUUUUUGUUUAAUUAGUCACCCUGAUCGGUGUUUGUUUUCACUUUCUAAUUGGAGUCAAGAAUGUUCGACACAUAACUGUGGUUGAAAGUAAUUUAUAGUAAUUUCUCUUUAUGUCUGGAAAUGCCACUAACAUGGAUAUAUUAUGUAUUUAUCAUUUAGCUAUGUCAUGAAUAUAUUCAUUUAUAUAGUAACAUUAAAUGAGAGUUCUAUGUAUGCUAAGCUCUUGUAAAGCUCCACAGUGUUUCCCAUUGUAUAUCCUAUAUUGGCAUGUUGCUCACCAUACUAGCAACUGAACACACAUUUAACGGACCUCAAGUCAUCCUUAGUUGGUCCUAUUUAAACGGAAGCAUGUGUGUAAAUCAACCAGCACCUGCCCAGUUACCACAAUGAUUUUCUAGUAAGGAACAAGUACUAUACACAGAGGGAACUGCAGUAUUUCUACUGGCUAUAUGCAUUUUGAGAUUUGUAUACUGCUGUGCCAUUUUUGUUUAUUUUGAAAAUUUUCCAAUAAAAUAGGUGAAAUGUCCUCA